AUGGAGGGGGAGCAGGGCGGAGGGGGGAGCAGGAUCAAGGUUGUAGUGAUCUCUGGGCCGACGGCUGUGGGAAAGUCUGCCAUUGCGGAGACGCUGGCGCAGAAGGAGAAACUUGAUGCUGAGCUCGUCUCAGCUGACUCGGUGCAGGUGUACAGGGGGAUGGACAUCGGGUCCAACAAGCCCACGGCAGAGGAGCGAGCCAGCGUCAGGUACCAUCUUCUCGACGUGGUGGAGCCGACCGAGGAGUACAAUGCCGCCGACUUCACUGCGCAUGCUCGGUCUGUCAUAGGAGACAUCAGCUCCCGCGGGAAGCUCCCCAUCGUCGUGGGGGGGACCGGCUUUUACCUGCAAUGGCUGGUGUUUGGGCGGCCGGGAGCGCCGAAGCCGACGGAGGAGGCGGAGGAGAAGGCAAGGAGUGCGAUCCUGGCAUGCGAGGGCUCGUGGGAGGAGGCAGCGAAUCGCUUCCGCAGCCUGGACGAGCGCUACUUCGAUGGGCUGCACGGCAACGACUGGCUACGUCUCCAGCGCAUGCUGGAGGUAUCGUACACGACAGGGAAACCGAUCUCCUCCUUCGAGAGACCGCAAGGGAAGUCCCUUGCUGUCGACCAGGUCUCGCAUGCUCUCUCCUGCACCGACCUCGACUUCCGCUGCUUCUUCCUGUACAGGAGCCGCCUGGAGAUCUUCCGCGACAUCGACUUGCGGUGCGAGCUCAUGCUCCAGUCUGGUUUCCUCGAGGAGGUUUCGUCGCUGGUGGCCUCCGGGAAGCUCAGGAUGGGCACUGGACCUGCUGUGGAGAAUGAAGAUGAGGAUGGGGGAGGGGCGGAUCGCAAGGAUCUGGACAGGGAGCUGGAGGCAUUUAUCAAGGACUUCCAGUCCGUCUCGCGCCAGUUUGUAAGGAGGCAGCUGACUUGGUUCCGGUCGGACCCUGUCUUCCGCUGGGUGCAGGCGGCGGACAGGGCGAAGGCAGUGGAGGAGCUUGAGGAGGCGAUCGGGAAGGAGGAGCAGGAGUUCUUGAGAAUGUAUGACGAGGAGGAGGAGAGGAGGAAGCAGGAGGAGGCGAGGCAGAGUGAGAGCAGCAAGGAGGAGCAAAAGCUGCUCAAGCAAUAUCAGUCGCAGCUGACCAUCUACAAGGACGAGGGCAGCAGAAGCUCUCUCCUUGACUCCAUCCUUGAGAUGGACGUUGUCAAGGGAGAGUAG